CCUGCGAAGAUGGCGAACACAGGCAGAAAUACACUCCUAUCGGCUAGCACAAAUGUAAAUAACAGCACUUCCGAAAGCCAAAACCCCGAUGAAGAUGACGGACAGAAUUUAUGGUCGUCGAUAUUGAGUGAGGUAUCUACGCGUUCCCGAUCAAAAUUGCCUUCAGGAAAAAAUGUGGUGGUUAUGGGUGAGGUGGGGUCUGGGAAGACCACCCUGGUGGCCAAACUACAAGUUGUAGAGGAGUACAUGAAGGGACGGGGUUUAGAGUACCUGUAUUUCAAUGUUCAUGAUGAUGACAUUGAUGAUCAUGCACAGUGUAAUGCAUGGGUGCUAGAUGGAGACCUGUAUCACAAAGGCCUGCAGAAGUUUGCUCUGUCCACGGAGAACCUGGCAGACUCACUGGUCCUGUUCGUGGUGGAUCUAUCCCGACCCUGGCUGGCCCUUGAUUCAUUGCAGAAGUGGGGCAGCGUGGUGAGGGAUUAUUUGGACAAGCUCAGAGUGCCUCCUGAAACCAUGCGAGAGCUGGAGCACACAUUGGUUAAGCAGUUCCAGGAGUAUGUGGAACCGGGAAGUGACCUGGAUGGCAUGCCCCAGAGAAGAAAUCCAGAAUCAGAGGACGAGGACAUCCUGCUGCCUCUGGGGGACAACACACUCACACACAACCUGGGCCUUCCUAUAUUGGUGGUCUGCACUAAGUGUGAUGCUAUCAGCACUUUGGAGAAAGAGCAUGAUUAUAAAGAUGAGCACUUAGACUUUAUCCAGUCUCACAUUCGACGCUUCUGCCUGCAGUAUGGGGCAGCAUUACUCUACACAUCCAUGAAGGAGAACAAAAAUAUAGACUUGUUAUAUAAAUACCUUGUACACAGGUUAUACGGCUUUCCCUUCAACAUCCCGGCUCAGGUGGUGGAGAAAGACUCAGUGUUUAUUCCAUCAGGAUGGGACAAUGAAAAAAAGAUUGCCAUCCUGCAUGAAAACUUUCAGACAGUAAAAGCAGAUGACAACUUUGAAGAUGUAAUAGUGAAACCCCCAGUUAGAAAGUUUGUACAUGAGAAAGAAGUUCAAGCUGAAGAUGACCAAGUAUUUCUAGUAAAGUUGCAGUCUCUGUUAGCUAAACAGCCUCCAGUCACUGCAGGAAGGCCAGUUGACCCAACAAACAGAGCUCCUACCGGCUCACCGAGGACGACCAAUCGCUCUGCUGCAGCAAACGUGGCUAACGUCAUGCCCAUGCAAUCAGGUACCAAGAAGAUUGAUCCCAACAUGAUAGGAGGCCAGACCAGUGAGGGUGUGCUAGCUAACUUCUUCAACAGUCUGCUGACUAAAAAAGCAGGCUCGCCCGGCCCAGGUGGUCAGUCCACAGGGGUAGGGAGCAACACACCAGGAACAGUCCGCAAGUCAGAUCUUUGACAUCAGCGACGGUAAAACAAACAUAUUCAGUGAAAUUUCCUCUGCAUGUGCAGCUGAAAACUCAACCCUGCUAAUCUGUCAAGCUGACAUGUGCUCACCCUCAUUGUUCACACAGUGCAUAUCAGAUUACUGUGUAAUAACCCAGUAAUCUAACACAUAACUUGACUGAAAGAAUCAAGUUACGUGCACACAUGUAAACUCCUAAAAACUGAAAAUGAAGCAAAAAUGUUAUAGUAAUGUGGUUGAAAAUGAGGACUCAGUGUUUGGCCUAAAUUACAUGCAGUAAGGACAUGUUAACAUGCUUGCUUAGGGAUUUCAAAUUCAAAUUUCAAAAUUGCACACUCUAAAACUAACACAGCAUGUGCAGUGGUCUUAUUUUCCAUCACAGAUUGGCGGAUUUUAUCUCCACUCUGUUUCCUUUCAUAUUAUUGUUUUGCAUCUUCAUUUGUUUUUGAACCCAUAAUGCAGCUUGAUUUUAUGGGAGUGUAUUAAAGGUAAAGUAACUCAUUGGUCACAGACACAUCUCCCAGUCAUCACCCUAUGCCCUUAUAUUCUUUUUGUGUAUAUGUGUGUAUAUUUACUCUUUAUUUACUCUUUCUGUAUGUAUGUAUGAAUGAGUGUUAGUCAGCAUCAUUUGUGUUCAUGCUCAUUUAUGCUGAGUCGUGUCACUGUUCAUCAGUCUCAAUGUGUAACCCCUUUAAAACUGUCUUCCAUCACAUGUGUGUUAGCCAGGGGAUGUUGGCCACGUUAAGGUGUGUGUUCAUGCUUUCCCUCACUUGCAUCUGAUACAUUUUCUUUAAAGGGUUAGUUCACCCAAAAAUGAAAAUUGUCUUAUUAUUUACUCAUGCCAUCCCAGAUGUGUAUGACCUUCUUCUGCAGAACAGAAAAAUCUCAACUCUGUUGGUUGCCAGUACUUUGCUCUAAAGCACAUAAAGACAGCAUAAGAGUAAUCCAUAUGACUCCAAUGGUUAAAUCAUGUCUUCAGAAGUGAUAUAAUAGAUCAAUAUUAAAGUCUUUUUUACUAUAAAUCUCCACAUUUUACCAGCCAUGACCAGUAGGUGGCAAUAUUCACAAAGAAUGCAAAUCGGCAAAAAAACAAAAGAAGAUGAUGAUUGCGGAAGUGAAAGUGGAGAUUUAUAGUAAACAGGACUUAAAUAAUGAUUACUUUCUCACCCACAUCUAUUGUAUCGCUUCUGAAGACAUGGAUUAAACCACUGGAGUCUGGCAACCAUUCACUUGCAUUGUAUGGAACUACAGUGAGAGAUGAUCUUCAUUUGUGUUCUGCAGAAGAAAGUCAUACACAUCUGGUAAGGCAUGAGGGUGAGUAAAUGAUGAGAUAGUUCACCCAAAAAUAAAAAUUAUCACUUUAACCAAUGCUGCACUCCCUCUUUAUAACCACUGAGAUGUGAGUGUGACUUGUACACAUACAUGUUUAUUAAUGUCCUCCUUUAUGGUACAUCAUCCUUGUUGUGGAAGGUCUGGUGUCUUCACCUUGUAUGGCCUUCUCAUAUUUAUGUUGCUGAAUUUCAUGUUGAGUUUCAAAUUGCCCAAUCAAUACAGCUUGAUUAUCACUGCAUGAAAUGUAAUUGAAAGCACUGGUUGCCUUUAAUUUGACAUGGUUUUCUAGUUGCUGAGUACCACCAGCAUUGUGAUUUGUACCUUCUAAAGCCCUGAAUGAGCAGAUGGUUCACAGCACAAUUUCCAUGUAAAACCCUCAACUAGGAAGGUCUUAUUGCAUGGUUAAUAUUAUUGUGUUUGCUCUUAUGUUCCUCAAAUGUUCUACCGUGGCAUAUCACAAGUCCAGUUUAACACCCUGAAUGUGUGAAGCCAGUGUGCAUGUGCAGAUUCGUUAAUACUUUUCAAGUUUUUCAACUAAUUUCUCAGACAUUCAUUCCACCUUUUGUAUUUACUAUUCUCCCUUCAAGCUUUACAUUUUUGUAUUUAUAUCUCUGUAAAUCUGGGUUUCAAAUCAAUCAGUAUGUUUACAUGAACUUUAAAAGUUUUCAGUCUGACUAAAACGAUAAUUCGUCUUAUUUUGUCAGUCAAACUAACAGGCCUAGAUAAUGUGAUUGAAGCUCAACAUCGUCCAACAUUUAUACACAUUAAUCUGACCAUAACUGGCCUUCAAAUUUUGCACAUUCUCCGAAGCUUAUGUCUUUUCUUCAAAUAUUCGAUUAUGCAUUAUGUCAUGUGUACUUGGCUAGACAGUUUAAGAAUGUAGCUCAACUAUGCAAAAACCGCUGUAGCUCGAUGAUAACUGUGCAUGUACACGUACUGAAUCUCUCUUAUAUAUUAGGCUUCCCACUUGCUUUACUCAAUCACUUACUGAAACACUCACAUGCUAAAGUGUAUAUGUAUUGCUGCUGUCGCAAGUAUGAAAUGCACAUAACAGACUUUAAAGCUCCGGUUAAUGCUGGUCCAAAAUAACAACAUUUAUGCAUUUGGCAGACGCUUUAAUCCAAAGACAAUGGAAGCCUCCAAACAACCUGGAGUUAAGUGCCAUGCUCAAGGACACAUUGGUGGUGGCUGUGGGGAUCAAACCGACAACCUUCUGCUUACCAGUUCAGUGUUUUAGCCCACUACGCCACCACCACUCUAACAAAGAAGUGGACUGAAUUGUGGUGAACGAAAAGUCACCGUACAUGAACUAAUUCACUCUGACUGUAACUUUGUCGUUCUCAGGCUCCAAGCUGGGUUUAACAGACGUCCAGGCUGAGCUGGACCGGAUCUCCAAUAAAUCCGACCUGGACUCGGCUCCUAUUGCCACCACACCCCCUGCUGAAAAUGAUGAAUCCUGAACAAGAGGCAGGGUUUAUUCAUGAUUAAGCCACUCCCCUUUUACACUGCUCUCUCUCCGCCCACCCUGAACAUGCCUCCCUUCUGCCACCUCCCCUCCUCUUGCUCGCUCUUCAUCUUGAUCAUGUGGGGGUGGGGGGGUAUUCCUGUUUAUUCCUUAUAAGGGCCAGUGACUUGGAAGUUGCAUGUUGGGCAUAAAAUUAUGCUAUGUCUGUCCCCACACAAACGCACACAUGUAAAGCGGAUGGUUCAGUUAAACAGAGACAGACUGAAGGAAGGUUAAUGUAGAAAUUAAGGACACUAAAAGAGAUUCUUAGAAAGGAAAUGGAAAUGUAGAGCCAAGUCAGAAUUAGAAAGUGAGUGGGUAUGUACACUUUUUGUGUAUGCAAGUUAGAUUAUUUCCCAUGGUAUUGGUAGUGAAUUAUCUUCUUGCGAGAGAAGAACCUUGAAUGUCUACAGUGAAUGUCACUCGGCUUAUCACAAACAAACGCUCAUUUUUACUUAUCUAAAUGUCUUAUUAAGCCUCGGGAACAAAAACGAAUUGAAAAAUAAAGGGAAUUAUCAGAUUUCAGUCAUUGUAACAACAGAGAAGGAUAUGAUCAAACAAAUAUAUUGAAUGUUGUCACCUUGUGUUGGUAUUUUCAUUAAAAUGUUGUCUUCAGCAUUCUUAAAGGGAUAGUCUACCCAAAAAUGUUAAUUGUCAUGUUGUUCCAAACCCAAAUUCAUUUAUUUCAGGGAGCACAAAAGGAGAGGUUAGGCUCAAUGUUGGGACUGACAGUAUGUCACCAUUCACUUGUGAGUGAAUGGUGAAUGAGGCUAACAUCUAACAUCUCCUUUUAUGUUCCACGGAGAAAAGUAAGUCAUCCAUGACUUAUCUCAUCACAGAAUUGGUAUUUUUUUUUUGUAAACUAUCCAUUUAACACACUGCUGCACUGCCCUGUUCUAAAGCGAAUCAGUAACAGGACCAGCAACUGCAGAACAAAUUUACUGACUUGAUUUCACUUUAUUUUCUAAUGUCCGUGACCCCUGAAGUUUUUUUUGCUGCUGAGAAAUUAGCAAAGAGUCACCAAGUUAAGUCUUCACCUGGGGUCAAUUGAGUACAGUAAAAGUAUCUUAAUAUUGCACUUUUACACAAUAGUAGCCGAUGACACUGAAAAAAAUCUCUUACAAUGCUGAUUGUAGCAGAGUAAUACAGGUAUGUUUUGAGGAAACAAUUGGAAACAACAUGUUUCAACACUACAGCAAUGUAACCGAGAGAGUUAGACGUGGUUUAUGAAGUCGUCUAUCUAAGCUUGGACAAAAAUCUUCAGCUAUGAAGGUUUAUCUUUGUGAUUCUAGAUGGGACUGAGAACUAUGUCUGGUGUGUAUUCAUAAUAGCUUUUGAAAAUGGGAUGCUUCCUUGUAUGCCUGUUCUCAUUUCUCAACUACAGCCAUCUAUGACACUGUUUAUUAAUGGAUGCACUAUCAUGCAAACAAGAUCAGUAUUACUGUCUUUUCAUUGGUGUAUGUGUGUGUUUGUCUGUGUGAGAGUGUGUUUGGGUGGUUCCAAGCUAAAUAAGUAAUUUCAGCCGGAAACUUAGUGGAAUUUUCUGUUUAGCAUCUAUAACGGCUAGAAAUUAGUAUUGUGAAGGGAGGCGUGAGAGGCAGAAGUGGCAAGGCAGGUGAGAUCUGAGGUCACUCUCACCUGCAUGUACAGUCAUCAACCAAACUUCUUCGGAGAGGGAAGGGGAAAUAAACAUGCGCUAACAUGGUCCUGUAAUUUCACAAGAUGUAGUGAUGUUUCUCUGAUUCAGGUCUGUAAUCAUUCUAUUAAAGUUGUAUUUAUUGGGAAUUUCAGCUGUCUCUGGUGUCAUUCACUGGUGUGGGUGGAGGGACAGGAAACCGAAAGAACCCACAUGAUGUUAUGACACAGGAAGAUUGUGACAUCAGCAAAAAAAAAAAAAAGCUCUUCUUUGGAACCGUUUGCUCAUUUCUGAGAUAAUGAGCAAACUUUUUUACUAUUUGUACAUUUUUAUUUCUUUUUUCAUUUAAAGU